AUGGGUGGUCCAAGUAGCGGGUUAAUCCCGAAAGGAGUUGGUGCACCUCCGCCACCAGGAAUGGACAAUCGUCGCGGCAAGCUAAUGUGUAUUAAAGUUCGUAUGCUGGAUGAUUCAGUUGGAGUAUUUCAUUUAGGUCAUAAAGCGCUUGGGCAAGCCUUAUUUGAUGAAGUUUGUCGACAUUUAAAUCUUUUGGAGAGUGAUUAUUUCAGUCUUGAAUUUACUGAUUGCUAUGGCAAUCGUUGUUGGCUGGAUAAAGAUAAGCCUAUUUUACGACAGAUCACAACCACCCAUAGCGAUGCACGUUUCUAUUUCGUCGUUAAAUUCUACACGCCUAAUCCAGCAGAUCUUGUUGAAGAAUACACCAGGUUUUUGAUCUCGAUUUUAAUCUAA